AUGAUGGAGUAUGAGAAAGAUCUAGUUUCUGUUAAAACCGAAGAAGCAGAAAUAGUUUGGCGAAGCUCUAUGAUGCGUAUAGUGAGUGGUUUCAUAUAUAAAAGCCAACAACAUGAAAACAUCAGGAAAAUAUGUCAAGCAAGCUUGUUGGAUCUUGAAUUGAAAGUGGAGCAAGAAUUGGCUAAACUAGAUAUGGGUAACCAUGUUGAGAAAGAAGGCAACCAUUUAGAAGCAGAUGAAACUCCAAUACUGGAUCCUCCUCAAGCUAAGUCAAAAGGAUCAAAUGGCAGAGUAGAAGGGCAUUUUGAGAAGCGCAAGCCAAAAUCUGGAAAAACAUCAUCUAGUAAGUAUUUCAUAUUCAGUACCUUCUUAUUUUUCUGA